AUCUCCUCUCCUUUUUCCAUACGAGGAAGAAGAAGAAACCAGAAUCACUGAUACUCUCUGUCAGAGAGAGAGAGAGAGAAAGAGAGAUCACAUUGUCCAUAAUCUUCAAUCUCUCUUUCUCCGCCCCUUAGAAAAAAAAAAUGGCUUCUUUAGUUUCAUCGCCAUCCACAAUACCCAUAACCAAACCAGACCAAAUUUCAUCAAUUUCCCAAAAACACAACUUUCUUAACUCAUUCCUACCCAAGAAACCCAACCAAUCCAACAACUUCAAAGUAAACUGCGCCGUCGUCGGCAACGGUCUCUUCACUCAAACAACUCAAGAAGUAAGGCGAAUAGUCCCCCAAAAAAUCCAAGGUAUCCCAACUGUUAAAAUCGUCUACGUCGUUCUAGAAGCUCAAUACCAAUCUUCACUAACAGCCGCCGUCCAAACACUCAACAAAGACGAAACCUUUGCUCAAUUCGAAGUCGUGGGUUACCUUGUUGAAGAACUUAGAGACGAAAACACUUACAAAACCUUCUGUCAAGACCUAGAAGAUGCAAAUGUAUUCAUUGGGUCUUUGAUUUUCGUUGAAGAGUUAGCUGUCAAGAUCAAAACCGCUGUAGAGAAAGAAAGGGAUAGGCUUGAUGCAGUUCUUGUUUUCCCUUCAAUGCCUGAGGUAAUGAGACUUAAUAAAUUAGGAUCUUUUAGUAUGUCUCAAUUGGGACAAUCAAAAAGUCCUUUUUUUCAACUUUUCAAGAAGAAGAAACAAUCAGCUGCUUUUGCUGAUAGUAUGCUUAAACUUGUUAGAACAUUGCCUAAGGUUUUAAAAUACUUACCAAGUGAUAAAGCUCAAGACGCAAGGCUUUACAUCCUCAGUUUACAGUUCUGGCUUGGUGGGUCGCCGGAUAAUCUAAUCAAUUUCUUGAAAAUGAUUUCUGGGUCUUACGUACCUGCACUGAAAUCAACGAAAAUCGAUUAUUCCGAUCCGGUUUUGUACUUAGACACUGGAAUUUGGCAUCCAUUGGCUCCAACCAUGUAUGAUGAUGUGAAAGAGUAUUUGAAUUGGUACGGGACUAGAAGAGACGCCAGUGAGAAACUAAAACGUCGUGAUGCUCCGAUCAUCGGUCUUGUUCUUCAGAGGAGUCAUAUUGUUACUGGCGACGAGGGUCAUUAUGUGGCUGUGAUUAUGGAAUUGGAAGCUAGAGGUGCGAAGGUGAUUCCUAUUUUUGCUGGUGGUCUUGAUUUUUCGGGUCCUGUUGACCGUUAUUUUGUUGAUCCUAUCACGAAGAAACCGUUUGUGAAUUCGGUUGUUUCGUUGACGGGUUUUGCUCUGGUGGGUGGUCCGGCGAGGCAGGAUCAUCCUAAGGCGAUUGAAGCUUUGAUGAAACUUGAUGUUCCUUAUAUUGUUGCUUUACCUUUGGUGUUUCAAACAACAGAAGAGUGGUUGAAUAGUACUUUGGGUCUUCACCCAAUUCAAGUCGCUUUACAAGUUGCUCUUCCUGAAUUGGAUGGUGGAAUGGAACCUAUUGUUUUCGCCGGUCGUGAUCCUAGAACAGGGAAAUCACAUGCACUUCACAAAAGAGUGGAACAGCUUUGUACAAGGGCAAUCAAAUGGGCUGAAUUGAAGAGGAAAUCUAAGACAGGUAAAAGGCUAGCUAUAACUGUAUUCAGCUUUCCACCCGACAAAGGAAAUGUAGGCACAGCAGCAUACCUGAAUGUGUUCUCCUCGAUUUACUCUGUUCUUAAAGAACUCAAAAGAGACGGUUACAAUGUAGACGGUCUCCCUGAUUCAUCUGAAGCAUUGAUCGAAGAAAUCAUCCACGACAAGGAAGCGCAAUUCAGCAGCCCCAAUCUAAACGUUGCAUACAAAAUGGGAGUUCGAGAAUACCAAACCUUAACAACUUAUUCAAAUCUCCUCGAGGAAAACUGGGGGAAACCACCUGGAAACUUAAACUCAGAUGGAGAAAACUUAUUGGUUUACGGCAAACAAUAUGGAAACAUAUUCAUUGGUGUUCAACCUACAUUCGGUUACGAAGGCGAUCCAAUGAGGCUUCUGUUUUCGAAAUCAGCUAGCCCACAUCACGGUUUUGCUGCGUAUUACUCUUUUGUGGAGAAGAUUUUCAAAGCCGACGCUGUUCUUCAUUUCGGUACACACGGUUCAUUGGAAUUCAUGCCGGGAAAGCAAGUCGGUAUGAGCGAUGUGUGUUAUCCAGAUAGUUUAAUCGGUAACAUACCGAAUAUUUACUAUUACGCGGCGAAUAAUCCGUCGGAAGCCACCGUAGCGAAACGUCGGAGCUAUGCUAAUACGAUUAGUUACUUAACUCCACCGGCUGAAAAUGCAGGUUUAUACAAAGGACUUAAGCAAUUAGGCGAAUUGAUUUCGUCUUACCAAUCGUUGAAAGACACUGGCCGAGGACAGCAGAUCGUGAGUUCGAUUAUAAGCACGGCGAAACAAUGUAAUCUCGAUAAGGAUGUGGAUUUACCUGAAGAAGGCGAUGAAAUUUCUGCUAAAGAACGAGAUCUCGUGGUUGGUAAGGUUUAUUCAAAGAUAAUGGAAAUCGAAUCUAGGUUAUUACCUUGCGGACUUCAUAUCAUCGGAGAACCUCCAACCGCUUUGGAAGCGAUCGCGACUCUUGUGAACAUCGCCGCUCUGGAUCGUCCGGAGGAAGGGAUUUCGUCAUUACCGUCGAUAUUAGCGGAUACGGUUGGGAGAGAUAUUGAAGAUGUUUACCGAGGGAGUAACAAUGGCGUUUUGAAAGACGUUGAGCUUCUCCGGCAGAUUACAGAGACUUCCAGAGGUGCGAUUUCCGCGUUCGUGAAGAAAUCGACGAACAAAAACGGUCAAGUCGUUGAUGUUUCCGAUAAACUCUCAUCGGUUUUCGGAUUCAGCAUCAGCGAGCCAUGGGUGGAGUAUUUAUCAGAUACGAAAUUUUCCAGAGCCGAUCGUGAGAAACUUAGGGUUAUAUUCGCGUUUUUGAGCGAUUGUUUGAAGUUAGUUGUGGCUGAUAAUGAAUUGGGGAGUUUGAAACAAGCGUUGGAAGGGAAAUAUGUUGAGCCUGGUCCUGGUGGAGAUCCGAUUAGAAACCCUAAGGUUUUACCGACGGGGAAGAACAUUCAUGCGCUCGACCCUCAAUCAAUUCCCACGACUGCGGCGAUGCAGAGUGCUAAGGUUGUCGUCGAUAGGUUGAUAGAGAGGCAGAAGGUCGAUAAUGGCGGCAAUUAUCCUGAAACCGUCGCGCUUGUUUUGUGGGGAACUGAUAAUAUCAAGACUUAUGGCGAGUCUUUGGCUCAGGUUCUAUGGAUGAUUGGUGUAAUGCCAGUUUCUGAUGCGUUUGGACGUGUUAACCGUGUCGAGCCGGUUAGCCUCGAGGAACUCGGAAGACCUAGAAUUGACGUUGUCGUUAAUUGUUCUGGUGUCUUCCGAGACCUCUUCAUCAACCAGAUGAACCUACUUGAUCGAGCGAUCAAGAUGGUAGCGGAACUAGACGAGCCGGUAGAGCAAAACUACGUGAGGAAACAUGCGUUGGAACAGGCGCAAACGCUAGGCGUCGGCGUUAGAGAGGCGGCGACGAGAGUAUUUUCAAACGCGUCGGGAUCGUACUCUUCCAACGUUAAUCUUGCUGUCGAGAACUCGACGUGGAACGACGAGAAGCAGUUGCAGGACAUGUACUUGAGCCGAAAGUCGUUUGCGUUCGACAGCGACGCUCCCGGGGCGGGCAUGAUGGAGAAACGACAGGUCUUCGAAAUGGCUCUUAGCACGGCGGAUGCAACUUUCCAAAAUCUUGACUCUUCGGAAAUCUCGCUCACUGAUGUUAGUCAUUACUUCGACUCCGACCCGACUAACCUCGUCCAGAACUUGAGAAAGGACGGGAAGAAACCGAGCGCAUACAUUGCCGACACAACCACAGCCAAUGCACAAGUUCGGACACUUUCAGAGACAAUGCGAUUAGAUGCGAGGACUAAACUGUUGAAUCCAAAGUGGUACGAAGGGAUGUUGUCUUCGGGGUAUGAAGGCGUUCGUGAAAUCGAGAAGAGGCUAACGAACACGGUUGGGUGGAGUGCGACUUCAGGACAAGUCGACAAUUGGGUGUAUGAAGAGGCCAACACGACUUUCAUUAAAGACGAGGAAAUGCUUAAGAGACUCAUGAACUCGAAUCCUAAUUCGUUUAGGAAAUUGCUUCAGACUUUUUUGGAGGCCAAUGGGCGCGGAUACUGGGAUACGUCGGAAGAGAAUGUGGAUAAGUUAAGGCAGCUAUAUUCCGAGGUCGAGGACAAAAUUGAAGGCAUCGAUCGUUAAUAUUUUUUUUCUUUUCGAAUUUCCAAGAUAUGUUGAUUGCAAACUCAAUAACUCUUUGAUCUUCUAUCCCCAAAUUGUAAUUUAGUUCAAAUUUUUGGUGGA